UCUCUCUCUCUCUCAUAAAUAAAGGAUGGAUACAGGUAGGAAGGCUCAAGUAGUAGUGAUCCCAUACCCCGCACAAGGCCACAUCAACCCGACUCUUGCAUUCGCCAAGUCUUUAGCCUCCAAAGGCCUUCUCGUCGCCUUCGUCACCACCACUUCCAUCUCCAAAUCCGCAAACUUCUCCGACUGCGCCUCCCUAACCCUACACACCGUGUCCAAUGGCUCCGAGCACGUGGAGGGGACCGAGACCACCGAGGCAGACUUCAACCGCCUCAGGUGCAAAUUCUCCACAAAUCUGGCGGAUUAUAUAGACGGCCACAUGAGAGGCGCGAGGGCUAUUAUCUACGACUCGGUAAUGCCGUGGAUGCUGGAUAUCGCCAAGAACUGCAUGAUUUAUGAAAUGUGUUUCCAUGCAUGAUUGAUUGAUUGAGCGUGUUACUAUUUAAAUAUAUUAAUAUACGAUGGAUGUUAUGAAACACCAAAUGGUUUAUAUUGAUAAACAUGUUUGACUGUGCAAUAUAUGAAUGACGUUUUAAUUUGU